AUGACGGCGGCCGGCUUUGCUGGGCGUGUCGUGCGCACCUGUCCCUCGCGCCUCGAUGCGUCCUGCCUCUCUUCUUUUCCUCCAUCUUUUUCCAUUUCUCUUCGAACCCACCUCGCACCGUCCUCUCUGUUUUGCUCCUUCCUUCGCUUCGUGUCUUCGUCUGUCUUCGUCGCCUCCUCCAGCCACGUGCCUCGCCAUGCCUCUUACCUGGUGAAGCUCCCUGUGUUCAGCUCACGCUGUCUUUCUGGCGGCGCGGUAGCCCCACAUAGUCUCUCUUCCUCGUCGUUCCUCGGGGGUUCUCUUCUCGCCUCUGCAUCUUUUUCUUCCCGUGUUUCCUCUCUCUCUGCUUCUCCAUCGUUCGCGCAGCUCUCAGUGGCCUCCUCCGCGUCCGCGCGUCGCGGCCUCGCGUCCCCGUUGGCGCCUCCGCUUCCCGCUUCCCAUCCGCCCUUCACGCGUUCGUUCGCUGUGCGCAUGCGGAAGCACCGCGAGGAGCAGAAGCUGCCUUCGGCGCCGUCGUCGCGUUCGCUGGCGAAUCGAGACGCGCCGCCGCCUGCAUCCACUUCCGGUCAGGGCCAAGGUGCGUACAACCAGAGCUUCCCAGCAGGCGGCGAGGGGCUCUCGCUGGGCUGGCAGCUCUUCAUCGCGUUCCUCUCCUCCAUCUUCUUCUACGCAGGCUUCGUCCUCGUCAUGCGGAUGUUUGGCGGGCCGCGUGUCGUCGCAGUCCACGUAGACCAGCAUGGUCGGCCUGUAGACCCCAGUACGGGGCGGCCGCUGUGA